AUGGGAGUAGCCCAAAACACAACAUCUACAAUCCCAGUGAAUGUAGGUCUGGUUCUUGACUUGGAUUAUUUGGAUGCCAAUGUUUCAUUGAGCUGCAUCAACAUGGCGCUUUCAGACUUCUAUGCUGCUCAUGGUGACUACAAAACGAGACUGGUCCUCACCACCAGGGACUUCAAGAAAGAUGUUGUUGGUGCAGCUGCUGCAGCCCUGGACUUGAUAAAAAAUGUGGAAGUGCAAGCAAUAUUGGGGCCAACAACAUCAAUGCAAGCCAAUUUUGUUAUUGACCUCGGAGAAAAAGCUCAGGUGCCAAUAAUAUCGUUUUGUGCAACGAGUCCUUCUCUUACUUCCAUUAGGAGUUCCUAUUUUUUUCGAGCUAUACAUAAUGACUCAACUCAAGUGAAUGCCAUAAGUGCAUUGGUUCAAGCCUUUGGAUGGAGAGAAGCAGUACCCAUCUACAUCGACAAUGAAUAUGGAGAAGGAAUCAUACCUUAUUUGACUGAUGCUUUGCAAGCAGUUGAUGCUCGUGUCCCCUACCGGAGUGUCAUUUCGUCAUCAGCUACUGACGAUCAAAUUGUUAAGGAGCUUUAUAAGUUGAUGACGAUGCAAACUAGAGUUUUCAUUGUGCACAUGUAUCGGUCUCUUGGAACUCGGCUUUUCACCAAAGCUGAAGAGAUUGGAAUGAUGAGUGAAGGAUAUGUUUGGAUCAUGACUGAUGGUCUGACUGCUGAUUUCUUGACUUCACCAAAUCCUUCUGUCAUUGAUACAAUACAAGGGGUAUUGGGUAUUAAACCUUAUGUUCCAAGAACAAAAGAGCUUGAAAGUUUUCGAGUUCGGUGGAAAAGGAAUUUCUUACAAGAUAAUCCAAAUAGCAUUGAUGCUGAUUUGAACAUUUAUGGACUAUGGGCCUAUGAUGCUACUACAGCAUUGGCCAUGGCAGUUGAGAAAGCUGGAACUACAAAUUUUGGCUUCCAAAAGGCAAAUGUUUCUAGCAAUUCGUCCACGGAUCUUGCAACUCUUGGCAUCUCUUUAAAUGGUCCACACCUUCUUGAAGCUAUAUCAAACACUAGUUUCAAAGGCCUUACAGGAGAUUACCUUUUUGUUGAUGGGCAGUUGCCAUCACCAGUUUUCCAGAUAGUUAAUGUGAAUGGAAAUGGAGGAAGAGAGAUUGGAUUUUGGACAUCAACAGAAGGACUUGUAAGAAAAUUGAAUCCUAGAAUAAACAAACUUAGGAAUUCAACCUCUGCGUCCGGUAUCUCAACUGUAAUUUUUCCAGGGGAUAUAACUUCUGUUCCCAAGGGUUGGGAGACUCCCACUAAUGGGAAGAAGUUGAAAAUAGGAGUGCCAGUGAAGGAUGGCUUCAGUGAGUUUGUGGCAGUGACAGAAGAUCCUAGUUCCAACACCACAAAAGUCACUGGAUACUGCAUAGAUGUUUUUGACGCUGUAGUCAAAGCAUUGCCUUAUGCUUUGCCUUAUGAGUACAUCCCCUUUGCCAAGCCUGACGGCAAGCCUGCCGGAACUUACAACGAUCUGGUCUAUCAAGUGCACUCAAAGAAUUAUGAUGCUGUGGUUGGAGACAUCACCAUUGUCUUCAACAGGUCCUUAUACAUCGACUAUACGUUGCCUUUCACAGAAAGUGGUGUCUCCAUGAUUGUUCCUAUUGCAGACAACAACAGCAAAAAUGCAUGGGUCUUCAUGAAACCUUUGACAUGGGACCUUUGGGUGAGCAGUUUUUGUUUCUUUGUUUUCAUUGGAUUUGUUGUCUGGUUUCUUGAGCACAGAGUAAAUGAAGAUUUUCGAGGGUCUGCUUCAGAUCAGGCCGGCACUAGCUUCUGGUUUUCCUUCUCGACAAUGGUUUUUGCACAACGGGAGAGAGUGGUUAGCAACUUGUCUAGAGCAGUGAUAAUCAUAUGGUGUUUCGUUGUGUUGAUUCUCACGCAGAGCUACACAGCCAGUUUAACGAGCCUACUCACCGUCCAGCAGCUACAGCCUACAGUUACUGAUGUACAUGAGCUCAUUAAGAAUGGAAAGUAUGUUGGCUACCAGAAGGGUUCUUUUGUUCUAGAAAUCUUGCUAGGCUUGGGUUUCGACAAUUCCAAGCUCUUGGUGUAUGGUUCUCUAGAAGAAUGGCACGAUCUUUUCUCCAAAGGAAGUGGAAAUGGUGGUAUUGCUGCUGCUUUCGACGAAGUGGCAUAUCUAAAGCUCUUUCUGUCAAGAUAUUGCUCCAAAUAUACCAUGAUUGAUCCUGCAUUUAAAACCGGCGGUUUUGGCUUUGUCUUCCCUAAAGGUUCUCCUCUAGUGCCUGAUAUAUCGAGGGCAAUAUUAAACGUAACCGAGGGGGAGAAAAUGAAGCAAAUAGAGGAUGCAUGGUUUGGCAAGAAAAGCAGUUGUCCGGAUUCCAGCACCUCAGUUUCAUCUAAUAGCAUAAGUCUCGAUAGUUUCUGGGGAUUAUUUUUGAUUGCCGGACUAGCUGCAUUUUCAGCUCUUAUUAUCUUCGUAGUCAUGUUUGUUUACCGAGAAAGGAGAGCCUUGAGGCCCUCUGAUUCCACAGCUUCAAUAUGGAGUAGAAUUAAAAAUUUCUUUACAAUUUUCAAUCAAAGGGACAUGACAGCCCGUACUUUCAGACAGAGUGAACUGAAUGAUAGAAAUGGCAUCAGUCAGGCUACUAUGGGCGUGCCAACUCCGUCAGCAUAUUCAGUUCAUGCAGAAUUUCCUGCCGAUCCAUCUUCAGCAGGCUAUGAUUCUAGUCCGAGUAGGCAAGCACCUCAAGAGGGAGUUAUAGAUAUCGAUCAGCUUACCGACCAAAAUCAAGAGAGACCAACAGCUUUGGAGAUAGACCAUGAAAAUACAUGA